UGCCGGAGAAAAAACGCUCUGUUCUGAUGAAAACCGAGACGUGAAGCGAAGUGGAGGUUAUAAACUCACCGGCACGGCGGCCAGCAGCGUCUACAACAAAAGCCUCGAAAAAAACUGAAUGAGAAAGCAAAUAUCAGCGUGCAGCCUCUGAGUGAACAGACGUUAUCAGCCCGGCGUGUCGCAGACAAGAAGCGCAGAUGGACACCAGGAAUACCACUGAAGAGAAACCUGUCCAGCGAUCUAAGUCCUUGAGCUUCAAGACCCAAAAGGAAGUGUGUUCAUCAUGUGAGAAGACGGUCUACCCAAUGGAGAGAUUGGUUGCCAACAACCUGGUCUUCCAUUCAACAUGCUUCUGCUGCAAGCACUGCAACGCCAAACUAAGCCUUGGCACCUUUGCAGCUCUUCAAGGCGAAUUUUACUGUAAACCCCACUUCCAGCAGCUGUUCAAAAGCAAAGGCAACUACGACGAGGGCUUCGGACGCAAACAGCACAAAGAGCUCUGGGCCUCCAAGGAGACAGAUAAUAUAACAAAGACGGCAUAAUCAUGUCUGCCUGUGUCCCAUCCCAGCCAUGCCUCUUCCUUUUCCUCCUCCUAACACCUCCGAUACAUCACGAUGAACACAUGCCUCAUAUGCUGGGGCACUGUUAAAUCACCCACGCGCUCACUCUCGCUUUUUAAAUGCCAUCAGAACAGAUACAUGCACAAACAGCUAGGAAAUGACUGGCCAGUCAUAAUCCAUACAACUUAAAAAAUAAUUUUUGGGGAUAUACUUAGGGUUCAAUUUGAGUGAUAUUUGUAUUUUCCUUCUUUUGUUUUCCAAUUUCCUGUUUGGAAUUGGCAGUUGAUUGUGACCAAAAGCCUUCUCUGGUAUGGGGGGUAUAAUAAUAAUCCUUUUCUUUUUUUUAAAUUCUUUUUAGGAAUUUGCACCCUUUUUAAUUUUUGAAUACCGUAUGCUCAGGCGAACAUAUCAGAGAGGUUACAGAGCAUCCAUGUUUUGCAGUCGAGCAUACACUCAGGUCAAAAUUAGCAUAAUUUCACUCAUUUUAACAAAACACACAAAUCAAAAUAAUAGUCCUCAGUAUUGUGACUUUGCUGUCAGACAGUUCAUGUCAGUUUGUCAGGUUUCAUAUAUUUGAGGAACAAACAGGGUACAGAGUACUGUAAAAUAAACGCGCACAUCAGCAACAGCUCACCUCUCGUGUUUUAAUUUUUGUUUUGUCAUCGUUCUCUUCAUCCCAUGGUUUGUUUUUAUUUUAUUGACCACUGUAAGUCUAAUCCUUGCAUGUUGGGAUGACUGGGUCUUAUUAGCCUUAUCUUACAACUGUAUCGAUCUUUUUGUGUUGUGAAUGAUUUUGUUUUUCAUCGAUGCAUAAGGAUUCACUUUUUAAAGGAUUUUAGAAGCACUUGAGUUUGGAUUUGAUUGAUGUCACGACAUAAGUUGAUCCUCUCUGAGCUUUUAUUGGUGGUUGGAAUUUUAAUGGAAUUCUCAGAUUGUGUUUUGUAUACUAUCUGUACGUAGAGCUGUAGUUUGUGAUUUGUGAACAUUCUCCACCUUGCUGUACUCUCGUCUUGCACAUAUGACCACACAUGAUCACCAGACAAGAUAAUCACAGGGAAACUGAGGCCUCGUUAGCACACAUCCCUCACUCCGUCGGAUGAAACAUCUUAAGAGGAGACGUGAACAUUUGGUUGAAUUGGUUGUUAGUAAAAUGACCUUUGCUACAAAUGAAGAUAUUGAUGGACGGAGCUUAAGCCUUGCAGGAAACCACACAAUUUUGUUCCUUCGUCAUUUCGCACUUUGUCAGUUGUUGGCGUCUUGUGGUGAUUUUCCCCUGCUGUAUUUGAGUGUGUUCAUAUAGCUGGAAAGUUUUUAUGGGGGAUGUAGAACAUCCAUCAUUUUGUUACCCCCCCCCCCAGUCCCAUCUAAUAAGAGGGGACAGGUUUCCUUUUGAAAUAAAUGCCUUCCUGUUCUCAUCUCCUGUCUUAUUAGCUAAAUACAUCUUAGCACCUGGACCUAUUUCUUCCUACUGAAUUAACAGUAGUUGGCUGAUUGAGGAUAUGUCACAGUUUUGGUCCCCUGAUGUGAGAUGUGCUCCUGCAUGCUGCAUGCAAAAACCCAAUGCAGAGCACCCCCUGCUGGGGAAAGUGUGACAGUAGUGUCUAGUGUGAGAGGAAGAAAAAAAAACUUGCCCUGAACUCAACAUAGCCUUUAUUCAAAGUUUUUGAAUACGUUGCCUCGGCCUGCAGUGCAGCUACUGCACUCCUGCCACUUUAUUUUAUUUAAUUACAACACCUAAGAGAAAUUAUCCCAGUUAGACAAGAUCUCCGCAUUUAUAUUUCAUUCUAUAUUAAGAAUGAGUCUAAAGCCAUUCAAAUAUUUCAUCUUAGAAAACUUCUGAAUACCACUGAGACUUGACUGACACUUGAAUGACACAAAGUACUUUUUUGUGACUGAAGGUUUACUGUGAAUUUGAGCAUGCUGUGCAAAGUAGAAAGCUAAACUUAAACAGAUGGAUAUCUGCUACUUUUUUUAAAAGAGAAGCCUUAGAAAUAAAUAGCUGACCUUAUUGCUUUUUCAAAUGAUUCCUUUGAGUGCACAGAUCGACAAAGAAAUCUCCUGAUCAUGCCUUUCUCAAAAACAGACCCGCUUCCUUUAGAGCCCCACUCUUUAACAUAGGAUUACUUCACUCAACCAGCAGCCAUUUUUUUCCUAUAUAACCACUUUUUAUCCACAUAAAAUGUACAAUAAUUCUAAUUCUACUGUAUGUGUGUGUGUGUGUGUGUGUGUGACUAUGUAUAUUUUAUAUUUUCCUCCAUUUUAAAAUGGUCCUCUGGAUCCCUGAGAAUGCUUUAAAAUUAAGAGUAUUGUAUCUAGAAAUGCUGUCUUUGUCAUUCUCCGUUAGCAGUUCGCCAAGGUACAACUGCAGAAUCUGUGAAUUGCAACCUCUAAGCGCAGAUAAGGUACACUUAACACUGGUGCCAAGAGGCUCAGGUGAAUGAUUGCGAUGUAACGUUUAAAUGUUAAAUCUGUGAGUCAUUUCAUUUUUGUGCUUAUCUUGAUGUGGACUUUCUUUUCAAUGCUGUUGUCAUCGAGACAUUUUAAAUGUAUGCAUCUUUGAAAAUGUAUUACAGACUUGACCUGUGGAUUGAGGUGGCCUUACAGCUAAAGGACGCUUGGACUGUAUUUUCAGUCGUUCUCCUCUAUUCUCCCUUCUCUCUAUUGCUUAGUUGUGGUAUGGAAGUGUAACAUUUUAAAAUGUAAGCGCCCCCCUUUCUACGCCAAUACACACAAUCAUUUUGUGCAUUUUCUUUCUUGUUUUUCUUUUUUGUUUUUUACAUGCUUUUGGAGAAAAAAAAAUAAAAUGCUGGUGUUGAUUUAA